CCAAUCACAGCUCUCGGUAUUGCCAAGUCAAAGAAACAGCCGCUGUAAAGGUGACAUUUAGCUCUCUAGUCACCCAGCUUAAUCCGACCCAAAUUAGGAGUAAAACACUUAGAUUUGAGCAUGUCUUCGGUUUGGAGGACGGCGGGUGUCCUCCGGGCGGGCCUGCAGCAGUUCAGACGCGGACCUCAGCAGAUGACCGUCAGAAAUUCAGGAGGUGUGCAACAUUACAGGCAGCCUCCACCGAUCGCCAAGAACCAGAUAUUUAAUGCCAACCUCUUAGGCGGUUUCAUGUGGUUCUGGAUCCUAUGGCACACCUGGCACACACCAGACGCCAUUCUGGGUCACUUCCCCUGGCCGGAUGCUUCAGCCUGGACUGAUGAGGAGCUUGGGAUCCCACCUGAUGAUGAAGAGUAGAUUCAACACCUCAUUGUACAUAUAAAUAUAUAUUUACAUCAUUUACCUGGUGUAAAUUCCUCACAGCAUGACUGAUGCUUCUUCUCUUCGCAUUUGCAGACACAAUCACACCUUUUUCUGUCGAGGAAACUGAAAGUUCCUGUUAUACAUAUGGACUUAUUAUCAAGUCUGAUUAUAAAAGUUGCAUUAUAAAAUAAAACAAUGAAGAAAAAAAAACUCCAGGCUCUUGAAUUUGCAAGUAGAACAGUGUUUUAUCACUUAACAUCUGGGGAAAAAGGAGGAAAAACAGUGUGAUCUACAAAACAUUUCCCUCAUGUUUCAUAUAUACAUUGCAUCCAAAACAUCAGAAGAGGAACAGAACACAGCAUGGGGGGAAAUAAACACAGUGAACUUUAUACCACAGUCCAUAAUGGAAAUGAAUGCUCGAGCUUAAUAAAUACUGUACAAUGAAUGUGUCAAAGCAAAAAAAAA